AUGUACGAUCCGCUCGGAUUGAUAGCAUCGGUGAUCGUGCGUGCUAAGAUGCUGAUGCAGGAGCUAUGGCUACUCAAAUCCGACUGGGAUGAACCUGUUCCUAAUCAAAUCUGUAAAAAAUGGAAGGCGAUUCAGAGCGACUGGAAAACGUUAUCCGAGUACAGGAUUAACCGUUACGCUCUCUUACCAGAUGCAACAGUAGAAUUUCACACAUUUACCGAUGCUUCUGAGGCCGCCUACGGAGCAUGUGUCUACGCUCGUUGUGAAAACGUGGCGGGAGAAGUCCGCAUCAGCCUAUUAGCUUCGAAGUCUCGAGUGGCACCACUGAAGCGCGUCACGUUGCCGAGGCUUGAACUUAGCGCAGCUGUCCUGGGCGCCCAUCUGCAUCAUCGCGUCAAGGAGGCAAUGCAGAUCGUGUGCGCCGAAUCAUUUUUCUGGUCCGACUCAACAGUGACGCUAAAAUGGAUUGCGUCACCUCCCAACUCCUGGAAGACGUUCGUGGCAAAUCGAGUAGCUGAGGUGCAACACUACUCUCAUCCAAGAAUGGUACGCAUCAUUGCAUACUGCAUACGGUUUGUGCGCAACACCAAGCAGAAGGCGCGAUCACAGCGACCGAUACCGCACACCAAUGCAUCCAAGACGAUCACGCCCAAAUCCCGCACUCGCCCGGCAGCCGGUUGGCCAGCUUCCACCAUCCCGCAUCACACCGAGCCGACCCUUUUCUGUAACCGGAGUGGAUUACGCCGGUCCAUUCUACUUGAAGCCAGCGCACCGGAAGGCAGCAGCUACUAA